AUGGAUCGCAUGGUUCUCCCAUCCGCCACCGAUCUCGGCGUGGAGAAGUACAAGCUAAAGCUGUGGCGCGAGCACGGCGGCGGCGACCUGGAGCCAGUCCUCGCGAGCGGCGCCGUCGCCCUCCUCGACGCGCAGUGGAUCAUCAGCCACGCCGGGGCGGGCGGCGUCCUCACCCACCGCCAGGCGCUGCCCAAAGAGGCCUUCCUCUCCCUCGCCGACCUCGUCGAGGCGACCAAUGACCACCCCGACCCGCGCGGAGCCAACCUCUCCCGCGUCGCAAGGGCGCUCAAGGCCCUGCUCUCGCAUUGGGCCAUCACGCAGCUCGGCGUCUUUUGGGACUUCGGCUCUCUUCACCAGCACCCCGACCCCGCCAACGGCGUCAUGCGCACCGAGGAGCAGAACGCGCUCUUCAAGCAUGGGCUGGGCUGCCUCGGCACGCUCUACUCCCACCCGAAGACAUUCGUGCUGCGGCUGACCUCCUUCCCGGACGGCCACAAGGCGGAGGACCAGGCCGAGGGCACCAACGUGGCCAAGUACUUUGACCGCGGCUGGUGCUUCACCGAGCAGAGCGGGCGAGCCUGACUAAGGCCGGCCGGCUCUCGCUCGACCUCGGCAAGAUGCGCGACGGCAAAGAGUACGACUUCGACAGCCUCGACGACGACUGCAUCCAGGACGGCGGCCGGCGCCCUCCGCUGCUGCCGUCUGCGUUCGCGGCAGAGCUGGAG